AGUAUAAAAAGGUGGAAAUUUUUAUUGUUUGUGAAUUAGGUCCAAAGAGCUAUUCGGAGAGCGAGAGGAGAAGGUUUUCAGUCCUCUGCAAUACUUUGCCCUCGCCCAUUUCUCCUCGCUUCCGAUCUCUCUCUCUGCGCCGUCACACACUCAUUUCGCCAUGGAAAACUCACGCCGUCAGUCUCUUCUUCCAAGCUUCCUCUACACUCCAUCUUCGUUUUCUUCUUUCACUCCCAAAACCUUUGCUGUUCCCGAGAACACCGCCAGCGUGUUGCCCGCUGCACAGCCGUCGUCCACCAACAAGAGCUUCGUGAUUCCUGCACCUAGCGAACCUGGAAAGAUUGAGAUGUACUCGCCGCAGUUCUAUGCUGCCUGUACCUUCGGUGGUAUCCUCAGCUGUGGUCUCACUCACAUGGCUGUCACUCCUCUUGAUCUCGUCAAAUGUAACAUGCAGAUUGACCCCGCGAAAUACAAGAGCAUAUCAUCUGGAUUUGGAGUGCUGCUUAAGGAGCAAGGUGCUAAGGGCUUCUUCAGGGGAUGGGUUCCUACUCUUUUGGGUUACAGUGCUCAGGGUGCAUGCAAGUUCGGAUUCUAUGAAUUCUUCAAGAAGUACUACUCUGACCUUGCUGGAGCAGAAAAUGCUGCAAAGUACAAAACUCUGAUAUACCUUGCUGGUUCUGCAUCUGCAGAAGUGAUUGCAGACAUUGCUCUUUGCCCAUUUGAAGCUGUAAAAGUCCGUGUUCAGACACAGCCUGGUUUUGCUAGGGGAUUGUCAGAUGGAUUACCGAAAUUUGUAAGAUCUGAAGGAACCAUGGGCCUGUACAAAGGUUUGGUUCCUCUUUGGGGACGUCAGAUUCCAUAUACAAUGAUGAAGUUUGCGUCCUUUGAGACUAUUGUGGAGUUGAUCUACAAGCAUGCAGUCCCAAAGCCUAAAAAUGAGUGCAGCAAAUCUAUGCAACUUGGUAUUAGCUUUGCUGGUGGAUAUAUUGCCGGUGUCUUCUGUGCUAUUGUAUCCCAUCCUGCUGACAAUCUUGUUUCAUUCCUCAACAAUGCCAAGGGUGCAACUGUUGGUGAUGCCGUGAAGAAGAUAGGAGUAGUGGGUCUCUUUACCCGUGGGCUACCUCUGCGUAUUGUCAUGAUUGGAACUCUUACUGGUGCACAAUGGGGAAUCUAUGAUGCUUUCAAGGUUUUUGUUGGGCUGCCAACAACUGGAGGAGUUGCUCCUGCUGCACCUGCUGCCUCUGAGGUUGCAAAGGUGUAGGGUCGAGUACAAACUAAUUCUUCGCCAAGCCUAGAAGUAGUAAGAGAAGACUUCUCCAGAUGAAACAAUAAACACAGAUUGCCGAUGUUUCUCUAGUGAUCUUUCCUAGUAAGCUGGAGAGUAUAUUCUUACACAACAAUCUUGACAAUUUUAUAUUUCUCUAAUUUUGAGAUUUUGGAGAGGGGGAGUCCCCCUAAAACUUAAGCAUUGCGGAUGUUUUUUUGUUAGAAUAGAUACAAAAUCAAUUUGAUGCUAGAAACGCUGUUCCCUCUCGAGGAUGGGAAUAACCAGCAUAUUUGGGGCUAUAUAUUUGCCUUAUUCAUUUUGUGCCGAGCUAUAGCUGCUGAAGGAUGAUUCUUUUA